AUGCGUUCUAUCUCUGUUUCGGCUGCCAUUAUCACAGGGCUAGCUCUUGCGACUAAUGCAAGCCCAAUUGUGGACGGCAACUUGAAGUCUGGCGUUGAGACCACAGGAGAUGCUACCAAUGCUCCUCACUACUGGUACGGCACCGAGGAGCAGAAGCGGGAUGUUGACGCUCCCCACUACUGGUACGGCAACGAGCAGCAGAAGCGUGAUGUUGACGCCCCUCACUACUGGUACGGCAACGAGCAGCAGAAGCGGGAUGUUGACGCUCCCCACUACUGGUAUAGUAACGAGCAGCAGAAGCGUGAUGUUGACGCCCCUCACUACUGGUACGGCAACGAAGAGAAUUCCUCUUGA